AUGAAUCGCCUCUUCGGCUCCAAGAACACGGCGCCCAAGCCAACUCUUGAUUCAGCCAUUUCAAAUGUCGAUAACCGGGCAUCCAGCAUCGACGUCAAGCUCGCCGCGCUCAAUUCCGAGCUAUCCACAUACCAAUCCCGCCUCGCGAAAAUGCGCGAUGGGCCGGGCAAAAACGCCCUGCGGCAAAAGGCACUCAAAGUGCUGCAGCGGCGGAAGCAGUACGAGGCGCAGCGCGACCAGCUGUCACAACAAUCAUGGAAUAUGGAGCAGGCAAACAUGAUGCAGGACAACCUCAAGAACGUCAUGACUACGGUCGACGCGAUGAAGACGACAACCAAGACGCUGAAGAAGCAGUAUGGGAAGAUCGACAUUGACAAGAUCGAGCGUAUGCAGGACGAAAUGGCGGAUUUGAUGGAGGUUGGGAAUGAGAUUAACGAGAGCAUCUCGCGCGCCUACGAUAUCCCCGAGGACGUAGACGAGGCCGACCUGGACGCCGAGCUGGAGGCCCUAGGCGAAGAAACCAUGUUUGAGAGCCAGCUGGGUGAGGAAGCCAUGCCGAGCUUUAUGCAGGACGAGGUUGCGCCGCCAACCUUUAUCGACGAGCCUCCUGAACAAGGCAAGGUCAAAGAGGCCGCUGGUGGAGUUGGCUAA